AUGUCUACACAACAAACAACUUUUACUGGAACUUCAGGAAUAAAAAAUAAUUGGUAUAGAAAUUUAUUAAUUAAAUAUCCUGAAGUAAUUAUACUUUUUUUUCUUUUUGCAACAGCUAUAAUUAUUCCAAUUAAUUUUUGGAUAUAUGAUCUACCAACAUUUUCAAAUCCAAUAAAAGGUUUCUCAACUCAAAAUACAUUUAUAUCUAGGCAAUCAGCAACAUCAAGAUUACUUCAAAAAGCUAUUUUAAAAAGUAAUGGUGGAUUUACUCUAAUUCCUCAAUUCACUUAUCAAGAAAUAGUUCAUUGGAAACAAUUAAUUAAACAAAAUAACUUUUUUAGUAAUGUAACUUUUGAUAAUUUUAAUGUUAAAAACUCAAGGGAUAUAAAAGUACAUAAAAAUUCACGACAUAUGUCUGUAAAAAAAAGAAAAAAGAAAAAUACAUCAUUAUUAGAGACUUUAAAAAUUGAAUCUAUACAUAAUUUUGGAAAAAUUGUUGUUAAAAAUCAUGACAUUGGUUCAUAUGAAUCAUUAAAAUUCUUUUGCUCACUACCAAAAAUAUUAGAAAAAGUUGGUAUAAUAAUAUCUAAAAAGUGCAACAUAACGGAAAAAUGUAAUAAUAUUGUAUCAUUGAAAUUAUUAUAUGCAUAUAUAUAUAAUUAUUUUAAUGAAUCUAAGAUUAAACAAAAUAUUUGUGAAUUAGAAAAUGAAAAAUGGAAAGGGAUGAAAGAAAAAAUUAUUAGUUGUUUGGAAAUGAAUUGUAUAGAGGGAGUAAUAGAAAAUUUUAAAAAAAUAUUACUUACCGAUAAAUAUAUAAUUAAUGAUGUAUCGUUAAUUAUAAUAUUAGAAAACAAAAAUGAAAUUAGAAAAAGAAUUAAUAAGGAAAAAGUUGAUUUAUUAGAAAAGGAGCUUAAAACUUCAUUAUUAGCUUUUGAUUUUGAUGUUAAAGAAAAACUUUUUGUUGAUACAUUAUUAACUGAUGUACCUUAUGGAAUUCUAGGAGCAUUAUUAGUUUUUAUUGUUCUUAUUUUUAGUUCUGAAUCUAUUAUUUAUUCAAUUAAUGUGAUUUUAAUAAUAUUAAUGUCAUUGAAUUUUUCAUAUUUUAUAUAUAGAGUACUAUUACAAAUUGAAUUUUUUCCUUUUAUUAAUUUAUUAGCUGGAAUUCUUUUACUUGGUAUUGGUUCAGAUGAUACAUUUAUAUUAAGAGAAAAUUUUGAAAAAUUUAAAAAUCAUGUUAAUGAUUUACCAUUAGCUAAUAUUUUAACAAAAUCAUUACAAAAAUCAACAGUAUCAAUGUUAGUUACUACUUUAACUACUGUUUCAGCAAUAUUUUUUAAUUUUAUUUCACAUAUUACAGCAAUUAAAUGUUUUGCUAUAUAUGCAUCAUUAUGUUUAUUAAUUAAUUUUCUUCUAGUUAUAACAUAUCUUCCAGCAUUAUAUAUAUACCAAAAAAAACAUACAAAUUGUAUUUGUAAAAAUUUUGCAAUCAUUAAUAGUAAAAUUGAUUCAAAAUAUAGUAGAUUUCAAAAAUUAUUUAAAAAAAAUAUUGAAAUUGUUAUAAAAUAUUUUGUAACUGUUAUUCCACUUAUAACAUGCUCCUUUUUUUUAAUAACAUUUUUAAUAAGUAUAUUUUUAUUAACAUACAUUCCUGGUUUAAGUCUUCCAAAUAAGGAAUAUUUUCAAUAUUUUAGAAAAGAUAGUAUUAUUGAACAAUUUGAUUUAAGAUAUAGAAAUCAUUUUAAAGUACUUCAAAAGAAACAUGAUCCAAUAUUUAUAAGAAUAUUAUUUGGUAUUGAACAAAUUGAUUAUGCACCAUUUUUGACACCAACAUAUAAAAAUGAAAAAAUAACAUUAAUUGGAGAGGGUAAACAAUUAUUAAAAGAUAAAAAUCUUGAAUGGAUUAAUAAUUAUUGUAAUCAUAUAAGUAAACAAUCUUUUGUCAUGUUAAAUUAUAACUUAUUUUCAUUGGCUCCAGAUUUAAACUAUGUUUUUAUUGAUGAAUUUUAUAAUAAUUAUAUGAAGAAAAAUUGUACCUCUAGUGAGGAGAUAUGUUGUAAUAAAAGUCAAAGACCUUAUCAUGAAAAUUUGAUACAAUAUUGUGUUAGUAAGAUGUUUUAUAAUAAAGAAACAUCAUUAUCAAAUAAAUUAACAAAUCAAUUUUGGUAUCCAAUUGGUAGACCAAUAUUUCAUAUAAAACAAUUUUCCAGUAAAUCUAAUUUUAAUAUUUAUUCUAUACAUCAAUGUGCUUUUUUAACAAAAUAUACAUUUUCUUUUGAUUUUUGGACAAUGAAAAAUAAUUACAAUCAAAUUAUUAGUAUUAUUAAACAAAAUUUAUCUGAAGCACCUAAUGAAAUUCUUAAAAAUCCAAUUAUUGAUUUAGAACAAUUUAGAUUUUAUGAUAUGCAUUCAUCUUUAUUGACAGAAACAUUAAUAUCAACAAUACUUGGUUUAUUAUGUGCUUUUAUUAUACUAUGGAUGAGUAUAAAAAAUACUAAGAUAACAAUAUUUGCUUUAAUUGUUAUCAUUGAUAUUGUUAUAACAACAUUAUCAGUAAUGCCAUUUCUUAAUUGGCACUUAAAUGUUGUUGAAUCGACAAUUAUUCUUCUAACAGUUGGUUUAUCUUUUGAUUUUGUUCUUCAUUAUUCAAUUUCAUAUGCAAAUAUAUUAGAUGGAAAUUAUUUUUUAAAUACACCAUCAAUUGAAAGAACAAAUUCAAUAUCAACUAUAACAUUAAAAAAUAGUAAAAGUAAAAGUAUAUUAUUAGCUAUAAAUGAUGUAAUUUAUCCUAUUUUUGUAUCAGCAGCAACAACUUCUGUUACAGGUUUAGCUAUGUCUGUAGCAUCAACAUUAUCAUUUCAUCAAAUUGGUGUUUUUAUGAUAACAAUGGCAACCGUCUCAUUUAUUCAUUCAACAUUUUUUUUAAUGUCACUUUUAUUAAUAUUUGUACCACCAAAAAAAUUAUUAACAUCACAUACUAAAGAUAUAUUGAUAAAAAGAGACAAAACAUCAGAAACAUUAACACCAUUAAUAAAUAAAAAUGUUAAUUUUAUUAAAUAUACAUCAGAAAAAAGUAGAACAUCCUCACAACCAAAUUUAACAAAAAUAUAUACAAGAAGACAAAGCUCAAAUUAUCCUUUGAUAACAGAAGAUUAUAUAAAUAAUAUUGCUGGUAGAGAUUAUUUAGAUAGAAGAUUUUCAGGUACUAGUGAUGAUAUAGCUACAAGUUUAUCAUUAGCAAAAAUAGCAAAAAGUCAUCACAUGAUUAAACGUAAUUCUCUUGGAUAUGUUAGAAGAGCUUCAUUACCUGUUCCACAGGCAUCUUGUAAAAAUAAAAGAAAUUCUCAAACAAGUAAUACUAUAAAAAUGAAUGUAACAAAAAAAAAAGACAAUAUAUUAGAUAGUAUGAAAGAAGAAAAUUAA